AUGGCUCACUGCAAUCUCCUCGUCGCCAUCGUCGCCGUCGUGUUGUUGGUUGCAGUCGGAACCAAGGCGUCCGGCGGCAUCGGGUUCAACCUCCACCAUCGGUUCUCGCCGGUGGUCCGGCAGUGGAUGGAGGCGCGAGGCCACGCCCCCGGCUCCAGCUGGUUGCCAGAGGAUGCUCCGAAAGGCUCGCGGGAGUACUACUCCGCACUGCUCCGCCUCGACCGUGCCCUCUUGGCCACCCGCCGCGGCCUCGCCAACGCCGACGGCCAGAGCACGCUUAUCUUCGCCGACGGCAAUGCCACUCGCCGCCUCGAUCACCAUGCAUUCUUGUACUACGCGGAGGUGGAGGUGGGCACGCCGAGCUCGAAAUUCCUGGUGGCGCUGGACACUGGCAGCGACCUCUUCUGGCUGCCCUGCGAAUGCAAGCAGUACUGUCCGGAGACCGGCAACACCACGGACAUGGAGUGGUCGUCGUACAGCCCGAGCCAGUCGUCCACGAGCAAGAUGGUGCCGUGCGACCACCCGCUCUGCGAGGACGCCUGCGCCGCGGGCACGGUCAACACCAACAGCUGCCCCUACAACGUGAGUUACGUCUCCGCCAACACCAACUCGUCGGGGGUGCUCGUGGAGGACGUGCUGCACCUCACGGGCGGCGGCGGCGAGUCGGUGGAGGCGCCGAUCGUGUUCGGGUGCGGCCAGGUGCAGACGGGCCUCUUCCUGCAAGGCGGUGCCGAGGGCGGCCUGAUGGGACUGGGCACGGGCAAUGUCUCCGUGCCCAACGCGCUGGCCAGCAGUGGCCUCGUCACGUCCGACAGCUUCUCGAUGUGCUUUAGCCGCGACGGGGCCGGCCGGAUCAACUUCGGCGACGCCGGCAGCCCGGACCAGGCCGAGACGCCAUUCAUCGCCCCCGGGAGCUUACAGUUAGGUCUUCAGUAA